GUGGCCGGCUCGCUUCUCCCCGCUGCUCCGCGGUAGCACGAGCCUCCUCAGGCCCUCAAGUCCGGUUCCUCACUCUGCAGUCCCUGGAGAGGUGAUGCGUCUCAUUCAGAACAUGUGCACCAUCGCCGAGUACCCGGCUCCAGGCAGCGCCGCUGCCGCAGACUACUGCCUAGGAGCCGCGGGCCGCCGCCUGGUCAAGAUCGCGGUGGUGGGGGCCAGCGGUGUGGGCAAGACGGCUCUGGUGGUGCGGUUCCUCACCAAACGAUUCAUCGGUGACUAUGAAAGAAAUGCAGGUAAUCUCUAUACCAGACAAGUCCAAAUAGAGGGUGAAACCCUGGCUAUUCAGGUUCAAGAUACUCCAGGUAUUCAGGUCCAUGAGAAUAGUUUGAACUGCAGCGAACAGAUGAAUAGGUGCAUUCGCUGGGCUGAUGCUGUAGUGAUCGUUUUCUCCAUCACCGAUUACAAGAGCUAUGAACUCAUUGGUCAGCUCCACCAGCAAGUCCAGCAGUUACACCUGGGCACCCGGCUGCCUGUGGUGGUUGUGGCUAACAAAGCUGACCUUUUGCACAUCAAGCAGGUGGACCCUCAGCUUGGACUACAGCUGGCCAGCAUGCUGGGCUGCUCGUUUUAUGAGGUAUCCGUCAGCGAGAAUUACAAUGAUGUGUACAACGCCUUCCACGUGCUGUGCAAAGAAGUGAGCCACAAACAGCAGCCUAGCAGCACGCCGGAGAAGCGAAGGACCUCCCUCAUCCCCAGGCCCAAGUCACCCAACAUGCAGGACCUGAAGAGGAGGUUCAAGCAGGCCCUGUCUGCCAAAGUGAGGACUGUCACCUCUGUCUGA